AUGCCUCGAGUGGUCAACCCGCCCACCAAGAAUCAUGGCCGCCGCGGCAGUUCCAGACACGAUAGCACACCCAAAGCGUCUACAAUGAAGAUUCCUCUCAACGAUGACGUGGGCGAGAAAGUUGCGCGGCUUCAGUCCCGCCAGGCCCUGCACGAUAUGCAGAUGAAUCAGAUUAAGGCCGCGGUGAAGACGCCGAUGCCGCCAAGAAGAAUGAAUUACGAUAGAGCAUCCGCCAGUCCCCGUACGCCUCGUGCGUCGAUGCGCGGGAGGGAAAGCGAUGUCGAUGCCCUGGGAAGAGCCGUGACUCCCAUGAAACGCGUGCCUAUCCUCGCGAAUUUCGAGGAAUGGAUGAAAAUGGCAACAGACAACAAGAUCAAUGCUACAAAUUCUUGGAAUUUCGCUCUCAUCGAUUACUUUCAUGAUAUGUCUCUUUUGAAAGAAGGAGACGGUGUGAAUUUUCAGAAAGCCAGCUGCACGCUUGAUGGAUGCGUCAAAAUCUACACGAGCCGAGUUGAUAGCGUUGCCACUGAAACCGGCAAACUGUUAAGUGGCUUGGCAGAGUCCAAUAAUACCAGCAAAAGAAGACACGAAAAUGAAGAGGCGGCUGAAGAAGAUGGAGAUGAGGAGGAAGAGACUGGCGAAGAUGGAAUUAGAAGAAAGCGGAAAAAGGUUUCUCGCUCGCAUGAAGCCACGUUGGCCCCUUCUUUUGCCUCUUUACAACUAAAGAAAUUUGAGCUAGAAUUCGCGGUCGAUCCCCUAUUCAAGAAAGCCUCCGCCGAUUUUGAUGAAGGUGGUGCCAAAGGCUUGCUUUUAAACCAUCUUUCGAUAGACGGCCAAGGCAGGAUCGUGUUUGAUAGUAGCGACGACGUCGAUGCAACCGCCGAAGGAGAUGAGCAGCAACGAGAAGGGGAACAAGAAGGAUCAAAAUCCCCGACCCCCAGACCUCAAACCGCUAACUCUAUAGACGAACAAGUUGAGAUUGAUUUGGGACCUCUAGCAAGUAAAUUUUUCCCAGAUCUGGAUAGUCUCGCCGAGCAGGAUAUUUGCCCAUCCCUCAAAAACCUUGACUUUGGAGAUGGCACACUGGAUAUCCCGUUUCUCCGUGCCCCAGAAGACUGGCGACAAGAAAACGCGCAACCAGAUCAAGGUCUAAGGGACGCCUCCGGGAUUAUGCUUGAUGAUGACAUCGCUAUCGGGUUUGAUGAUGAUGAUGGCACUGUUUCUGGCUUUGACAUUGGCGGAGAUGUUGGUUUCGGUGAAGGUGGUGAGGUAUGGGCGAGAGAGGCUGCGCUCGAGCCGAUGUUAAAGGUCCACCGCGUAGAUUCGGGUGACGGGCCGAAUAAUGAUAGCUUGGGAGAUUGGGCAGGCCCGGAGCACUGGAAAAUUCGCAGAAUAAAGGAGACCACUGCCUCGAAUUCCAAUCCCGCUCCGCGACAACGGAAGGAGAAAGAACCCUUCGAGAUCAAUUUCUCUUCCCCGCUCGAUCUUGCUGUCGCAGAAAUAAUAUACGCUCAAACAAGUUCCAACUCUGCGAUCUCGUUGCCCAAAUCCCAAUGGAAAACCAAAGGGCGCAAUCUCCUCCCUGAUGACAAGCACUUCAACUCUCGUAAUCUUUUGCGACUGUUUCUGAAACCUAGAGCGCGGAUGGGCUUCCAUGCACGGAAUAAAGCUGGACAAAUGAAUAAUCGCCGUCCGAACGAAUUUUCGUCUACGAAUAAUGGUGAAAUUGAUGAAGCGUUCUGGGCAUCACAAAAACCAGGAAUGGGCCAAACAAACGCUGACGAGAAUGAGGCUGUUACUGGGACAUAUGAUGCCGACUUUUUUGCGGACGAUGAUGGCUUAGCCUUCCCCCACGGCUUACCUUUAGGAGUGGAUGACGAUGAUGAUAAUUUGCCAUUUGCUGAUGCCAGGGAAGCGUUUUCCCCUACAAUGGACCCUAAUGCACCGCAGGGGAGCCUCGGCCGGCGAGUCCGGAGGCCUCUCCGGGUAGCGAAGAAGGUUGACGUGCGAAGAUUAAAGGAAGUCAUGUGGAAAGGAAUGGGAGAUCGCUUAAUUGCUUCUUCAUUUAGUUCUGCUUCCCCGUCAGCAGCGGUAGCCACGAGCCCCCCGGCGCCCGUAUCUGACCCGAAUACUACAAGCGCCGACCUCAAUUCUGAAGCUUCAACGCAACAUAAUCCCUCGUCUGAUGAGUCAGAAAAUCUCCGGUUUACGAAUAUCAUAAACAAUUUACAAGGCUCAUAUCCUGAGCAAGCCAUGCGCGACAUUAGCACUUCAUACUGCUUCAUCUGUCUGCUUCACUUGGCAAAUGAAAAAGGACUGGUCCUAGAGAACCAAAAUGGGCUUGAAGGGGAUUGGAAUGGGAGGCUAGAGGAGAUCUUUGUGAGCAAAGAUAUGGGUGCAGUGAUUGAAGGUGAAGUCUGA